AUGUUACGCGGCAGCUCCACCGGCCUCCUCCGUAUCCUCCUCCUCACCACCAUCGCAGUUGCUCUCGCCUCGGAUAAUGAUGACGACAACAACAAGUGCGUGUUCACGGUUUACAUAAGAACCGGUACGGUAUGGAAAGCCGGUACAGACUCCAUCAUGAGCCUCCGUCUCUACGACAGUUACGGCCGAGACGCGGUUAUAUCCGAUCUGGUAUCAUGGGGAGGUUUAAUGGGUCCAUUUCACGAUUAUUUCGAGAGGGGUAAUCUCGACAUUUUCACUGGUUUAGGUUCUUGUCUCUCGGGUCCGGUUUGUGCGAUGAAUUUGACAUCUGACGGUUCGGGUGAUCAUCAUGGUUGGUAUUGUAAUUACGUGGAAGUGACGAUGAGUGAGAAUCGUCGGAGGAAAAGUUGUUCUCAAGAGAAGUUUAAGGUGGAGCAAUGGUUGGCUCGUGAUGCUUCGCCGUAUGAAUUGUCGGCUAUUAGGAAUCAUUGCUCGGACUUUGUCAAGAAUCGGCGAGUUGUUCUUCCCACGAUGUGA